AUGGAUAAGAUCAUUGGUUUUUCUGAUGAUGAAUUGCUUCUUAAGAUCCUAACGUAUCUUCCAACAAAAGAUUCAGUAAGAACUAGUGUUCUGUCGAAGCAAUGGAAGUUUCUUUGGAUGCGCGUGCCAAAACUUGAGUACGAUGACACUAACCUUUAUUACAGAAUCCAUCAAUGUAUCUGUAAGGGUGACAGUACUAGAGCCGAUUCUUUACUGUCAGAGAGCCAGAGGAUGUGGUCUUUUAUUGACAAGAGUCUGGCAUUACAUAGAUCUCCGGUCAUGGAGAGCUUGUGUCUCGCACUCCGCAAUGAACCAUUUCAACCUAAAGAUAUCACAUCGUGGGUUGAACUUGCAGUUUCACGCUCUGUGCGUGAGCUAAGUAUUGACUUUUAUCGUUUACAUGGCAAGUCUAAGGCCUUACUGCCAAGCAGCUUGUAUACUUGCAAAUCUCUGGUCACAUUGAAACUUCAAAAUCACGUUCUCGUGGAUGUUCCUCACGUUGUUCGCUUGCCGUCUUUGAAAACCUUGCACCUUCGUGAUUUGCCAUACGCAGAUGAAGGAUCUCUUCAGAGACUUUUAUCAAGUAGCCCUGUUCUCGAAGAUCUAUUUGUCCACAGAAUUACAGGUGACAAAGUGAAAAAGUUGGCUGUUACUAUCCCGUCAUUGCUUAGUUUAUCCUUAGAUGUUAUUGAUGGAUGUGUGAUUGAUACUCCUUGUUUGAAGUAUUUCAAAGUCAAAGAUUAUAGUAGGAAUUCUUCAUAUUUGGUUGUGAAUAUGCCUAAGUUGGAGGAGGCAGAGAUCAGAGUUUUUGAAUUCCGCUAUAUCAAGAAACUUCUUAAAGCUGUCACAUCUGUCAAGCGUCUUUCGUUACACCUAGUUUCGCACGUUGAAGAGGUUGUAUACGGUGAUGAUAUGGAUUUUGUCUUUAAUGAGCUUAUGAAUUUGAAGCUUGAUACAUAUAGGGCAUAUUGGUCAAAGUUACUUUUCUCGUUGAUCAAAGGUUCUCCCAAACUACGAGAUUUGACGUUCCAUGAACAAUAUGUACGUGAUGGUAUGGAUACAAUGGUUUGCUGGAAGCAAUUGACUAGUGUUCCUCAGUGUUUGUUGUCGAGUCUCCAAACUUUCAAGUGGAGAGGUUACGACGUAAGCAUGGAAGGGAAAGAUAUGGCGAAAUAUGUCUUGAGAAACUCUUGUCGAUUAAAGACCGCAAGACUCUUGACUGGUUCAGUGUUGGAUCCACAAAAGAAGAUUGAGAUGAUCAAGGAAUUGGAACUUUGUUCCCGCGCUUCUACCACAUGCAACCUCGUACUUGGUUGA